CGCUUAACUCCCACGUGGCCAUCUGCCAGGGGGAACCGGGAGCCGCCCCUCCCCAGGCGGGGGGCCAGCAGGGCACGGGGCCUCCUCUCCUGGAUUCGCCAAACCUGUCCGGAGCUCCGGCCCCUCAGGCUGCUGUGAGGGAGGCCCCCGCCCCCACCCCAGCCUGCUGCCCAGCUCUGCACCCCCAGCCCUGCAGAAGUACAGGGACGGGCCCUGUGGGUCCUCAGCACUGCCCCACAGCCCACCUGGAGCCCUGAACCCCAAGCCUCUCCUGUGCCACCUGUAUCCCAGGCAUGCUGAGCCGUUGCUGGCUGCCCGGCAUGAGGGGGUUAAUGGAGCUGGGUCCUCCGGGCUGGGCUGGCCGGGGACAGGGCGCUGGCUGCCCAGGCGGUGGGGAAAUCCAGAGGGCAGGAGCAGCCGGCCCCAGCAGACGCACCCUGCUCGCUGCCCACUCUGCAUGAGGGAUGGCGCCGAGGAAAGGAGGCCUGGCCCUGGCAGCGCUGCUGGUCUGCUGGGCGGCGCUGGGCCCCCAAGGCCUAGAGGGAGUGGAGCUAGGGGACGCUGGCGGCCUGCGCUGCCCAGCCGAGUGCACCUGUGGCCAGGACGAUGACACGGACGAGCUCAGCGUCUUCUGCAGCUCCCGGAACCUCACGCGGCUGCCUGAUGGCCUCCCACAUGACACCAGGGCCCUCUGGUUGGACGGCAACAACUUCUCUUCCAUCCCCGCGGCGGCCUUCCAGAACCUGUCUGGGCUGGGCUUCCUCAACCUGCAGGGCAGCUGGCUCACCAGCCUGGAGCCACAGGCACUGCUGGGCCUGCACAGCCUCUGCCACCUGCACCUGGAGCGGAACCAGCUGCGCAGCCUGGCGGCCCGCACCUUCCUGCACACCCCGGGGCUGGCCUCGCUGGGCCUUGGCAACAAUGGCCUCAGCAGGGUGGACGAGGGCCUCUUCCAGGGCCUGGCUGACCUCUGGGCCCUCAACCUCGGCUGGAACAGCCUGGCUGUGCUGCCCGACAUGGCCUUCCAGGGCCUGGCCAGCCUGCGGGAGCUGGUGCUGGCGGGCAACAAGCUGGCCUACCUGCAGCCCCCGCUCUUCUGUGGCCUGGGCGAGCUCCGUGAGCUGGACCUGAGCCGCAACGCCCUGAGGAGUGUCAAGGCCGACGUGUUUGUGAAGCUGCCCAGGCUCCAGAAGCUCUACCUGGACCACAACCUUGUCACCGCUGUGGCCCCGGGUGCCUUCCUGGGCAUGAAGGCGCUGCGCUGGCUGGACCUGUCGCACAACCGCGUGGGCGGGCUGCUGGAGGACACCUUCCCGGGCCUGCUGGGCCUGCACGUCCUGCGCCUGGCGCACAACGCCAUCGCCGGUCUGCGGCCCCGCACCUUCAGGGACCUGCACUUCCUGGAGGAGCUGCGGCUGGGCCACAACCGCCUGCGGCAGCUGCCCGACAGGGCCUUUGAGGGCCUGGGCCAGCUGGAGGUGCUCGCGCUCAACAACAACCGGAUCCAGGAGGUCAGGCUGGGCGCCUUCGCUGGCCUCGUCAACGUGGCCGUCAUGGAUCUUUCGGGCAACUGCCUGAGGGACCUUCCGGAGCAGGUGUUCCAGGGCCUGGGCAGGCUGCACAGCCUGCACCUGGAGGGCAGCUGCCUGGGCCGCGUCCGCGCGCACACCUUUGCCGGCCUCUCGGGCCUGCGCCGCCUCUUCCUCAAGGGCAGCGGCCUCGUGGCCGUGGAGGAGCAGAGCCUGCAGGGGCUCAGCGAGCUCCUGGAGCUGGACCUCACCUCCAACCUGCUCACGCACCUGCCAGGCCAGCUCUUCCAGGGCCUUGGCAAGCUGGAGUACCUGCUCCUCUCGGGCAACCAGCUGUCGGAGCUGCCGCCAGACGCCCUGGGGCCCCUGCAGCGCGCCUUCUGGCUGGACAUCUCACACAACCGCCUGCGGGCCCUGCCCGGGGGGGCCCUCUCGCCGCUGGGCCAGCUGCGCUACCUCAGCCUCAGGAACAACUCGCUGAGGACAUUCGUGCCGCAGGCCCCCCGCCUGGAGCGCCUGUGGCUUGAGGGCAACCCCUGGGACUGUGGCUGCUCCCUCCAGGCCCUGUGGGCCUUUGUCCGGCAGCACCCGCGCACCGUGCCCCGCUUCGUCCAGGCUGUCCCAGAGGACGACGACAGCCAGCCGCCCGUGUACGCCUAUAACAACAUUACCUGUGCCAGCCCCCCCAGCGUCGCCGGGCUCGACCUGCGAGACGUGGGUGAGGCCCACUUUGCUCACUGCUGACCCGAGGCUCACCCUGGCCAGACACUGCCGUGGCUAGAACCGGCCCUCGCCGACCCAGGGCCUGGCAGGCACACCACCCUCCCGCUCUCUGGAGCCAGGCCCUGAGCUGCUCACUUGGUGGGGUGCCACCCUCCUGCCCCGUAACACAGUCCUGGGGCUUUGCCAGGGUGGGCUCAGGACCUGUGGGCACCUGCCGGUCCCUGACGGCUUGACCUGGAGGGUGGGGAGCCCCCAGCCCUCCCUACCUGUCAUCAAUUAAAAGCAGUCUGGUAAACACAGCGUGUGGCCAUGCAGCAGGAGCCGAAGGGUGGAAGGCAGGCUCUGGCCUGGGUGCGCGAGGCCCCGCGCUCCUCCUGGGCCCCGACUCUCCACCGCUUACCCUGGGCCCUCCCAGCGUGCCCACACACCUGACUGGGCAGCAUCCUGGAGGCGUCUGGUCCUGGGAAGCUGGGGCACAGUGGCACUGGGGCGGCCAGGCCUCUCUCUGGCCAUGGCCCUCCUGACCAAAGCCCUCGGCAGCCAAGGCGCCUUCUCCACUGGGUGCAGCGCAGGCCCCACGCCUCCCCCGAGAAGUUCUGCCCAAGGUUGUUUCACCAACCCCCCAAUCCCUGCUUUCCAGAUCUGUGUCCCGGGGCCGUCUCGGGACAGCUGCAUAGAAGAGCCCUGAGAGUCUCACUGGGUCUCAGACGCUCCUUUCUGUUCUUAGCUCUGCAUGGGGUCCCCGGUGGGGGGCCAAGCGCCCCCCACUCACACGUUCCCCCAACAUCUCUAAAUCCUCCACAAGCUCCCACCGAAUUCGUUCCAAACAUAGCCUG